UUGAAUCCGAUUUCGACUUUUUGUGCUGAGAUCACCUGGAUCCAGUUAGUAAACAGACUGGUCAGCAAGAAGAUGCAAGCAAGAUGCCUCGAGCACCAAGAUUGUCCCAACAAGAACUUGAUGAUGAAUUUGAGCAGUUUCUCAAAGAGUCUCUUUCCGAUGACUCCAUGGAUUUCACCAGCAAGCGGAACAGAAGUCCAAGAAGGGGGAGGAAAGAAGACACCGGUACCCCAUGGUGGAUGAAAGGAGAUGAUGACUAUGGAUUGAAGAGUGGAAGAGGCAAGAAGAACACUGAUAAUGAACCCGCUUCUACACCAAGCAGCAUGAAAUGGUUGAAACCCAAGAAACAAUCUACUCCUCUUAGAGAUGUUCAGGAAGAAGAAGAUGAAGAAGUCGUGAAGCCGAAAGGCAUUUUACAGAAGGGAAAACGUAUAGAGGAGAAGGAACAAGUGGAGCCUGCAAAGACAUCUGAAGUUUCAAGAAAGCAGAUCAGCAGAGAUAGUUUAGAAGAAGAUGACUUUGAUGAAAAGUUUGAGGAAAGUCGAAAAAGAAGUGGAGUCAUACCAGAGCAAGCCAGCUUUGAAGAUACAUACAGUCAGUCAGAACCAACAGAAGGCCUUACAACCGGAGAAACGACUAGCCAGGAUCCCUAUGGAGGCCAGAGCACAAUGGGCUCCACCGGUCAGGAUCAAUACGGAGGCCAGAGCACCUUCGGAUCUACCGGACCAGGAGCCGAGACGCUUGAAGAAAUGGCUGACAAGGCUAGGUUCUUCAAGGAGCUUGAAGAGAAAGCAGAGAGGACCAUAGACUACAGUAGACUGAACAGAGAGGCUGAUCUAUCAGGCACUAUGGGUACCAUGGGGACACUCCCAUCGGCUUACAUGGGAUCUCCAGAGGACACUGGCCCACAAGUCAAGAAGAUGGAAGAUUUGUUUCCAGCAGAAUCUGGUAAAGCACAUGAUAUUCCGGCAAAGAAGUCUUCUCCAAAUGAAAAGGAUCAAUCUGAUGGCGGUAUGCUAGGGAAAGUUGCUUUAUUGGAUACGAUUGACACAACCCUUAGUCCUGUGAAAGCUCCAAGGAGAUCUCCACCCGCAGGCGGGCAUGGUGAUGCCCCUUCUACCAAUCGAGGAGGCUUCUUAAAUUCUGGACCAACAGGUCUUGCUCCUACAGAUACUAGAGGUCUAAGUACUGGUGGUACUACAGGAGAGUUGGAAGCUCUCCAGGCGAUCUUAAGGGAAGCCGCUGACACUCCUACCUUACACCUUGGUGAGGACAUGGAUCACUCUGUCAACAAAGGAAUCAAGGAACGCACUGUAGAAGAUAUACUACGCGAAGCAAAUCAAGAAAGACAUUCUAAAAAUGAUGCCCAAGAUGAGAGCAGAGGUUUUAGUCUCGAGGCUGCACACUAUCCCUCCAGGGAAGAUCAAGGGACGAGAGGGUUUGAUUUACAACCUGCCAAUCAGGAGACAGGGAUUGGAUCACAUGAUACUGAUGUCCAUGGUACAGACUCCGAGGCCAGAGGGUUUGCUUUGAGUCCUGUCUCUGAAGGUGGGGAGGCAAGAGGUUUCAAUCUUCAGCCUGCGUCACCUGUUCUUAGAGGGAUGGAUCUUCAACCGGCUAGUGGUGCCGACAUUGAGUCCGUCGACAGUGCCCAACCCAUGCCUUCUCUGGCGCGGAAGCCGGCGUCCAAGAAAAGAACUCCAUCGAAACAGAGAGGGCGCUAUUCACAUGUGAGGAGCUCAGGAUACGGACCAAAGCAGUCCGGUCAGAAGGCUGCUUGGUCACCGGCCGAUGUUGGCAAGCAAAAGGUCAAGGGUUCUGAGAUCCCAGCAUUGAACGGAAGAGAUGAUAAAUCCCAGAGACAUCUUCUAGCUUCAGUAGAAUCCUUUGCUUCGUAUCUCCAUGAUCAGUUUGCUGAUGGUAGGAGAACCACACCACCUCUUAAACAAUCCACAGAAGAGCCUAUCCUUUCUGCCAGCAUGCGGGAGGCCAAACUUCACACGCUAUCUCGUGAGAGGGCACUGGUCGCUGAGGUGAAUGAAUGGCAGCAGCAGUGGCAGGAGGAGAGACGCCUCAACGCCAAAAUGAGAGCCGAGAUAACGGACCUACAGAAGGAGCAUGAACGCAAAGAGACACAGCUGAGACUGGAGCAUGAGAAGGAGAUCUUUAAACUAAAGCAAGAGAAUUUUGUUCUUGUUGCAAAACUGAAUAGCCAGGAUGAUCAGGACAAGGCCCGUAGAAGAGAGUUGGUUUCAGGGAAAACGCCAGAAGGAGUGAGCCAAGAGGAGCAACUCAAACUGAUGCAGAGAGAGAUCGUCCAACAAGAGACAUUGCUCCAAGGAUACCAACAGGAGAAUGAACGACUCUUUGGGGAGGUGAAGAAACUCCAAGGAGGCAACAAAGAAAACGAGGCAAGGAUGUUCAAAGAGAACCAGAGACUACAAACAGAAGUCGGCAACUUAAGAGAGCUGAUGGAGAUGAAAGAUAGAGCAUUGAGGAACAAAGGCAUCAUCACAGGCGAUAGGAUACAGCAAGAGAUAGCUGCAGGGAAUACAGCUGUACUGGGAGCAGGAAAGAUAGCAGAAUUACAGGCAGAGAUCAAAGAACAUGAGGUUUGUGAAGCUACAUUAAGAGCGGAUGCUAGACAGUUGACCCAGGAGAAGAAAGAACUUGAAGCCCACAUUGAACAGCUAGUCAGAGAGAAGACUAGGCAACAAGAAAGACUGAAUUCUAUGAGAGAUGGCAAAAAUAUUGAAUUCAAGGAGUUGCAGGUGAAGUAUGAGCGUGAGAUGGAAUCCCUUCAAAAGAAGGUUAGAUGGUACUCCGAAAAUCAAGAACUCUUGGACAGGGAUGCAGCGGCUCUAAAGGAGAAAGAUGAUCAAAUAGUAGAACUGAAAGAACAACUUAAGAGUGGUCCUAACAAGCCAAACAGUAAGAGUAUGGAGGCCCAAAGGAGAGCCAAAGAAAGAGCAGCUGAUGCUAAGAAGAUACAGGAUCUAGAAAGACAGGUCAGAGAAAUGAAUGACAUCAUCAGAAGGCGACACCCGAACUCACUGCCUGCCCUCAUCUACGCCGCUGCCUCCACCUCAUCUCCACUCCCAACCGAGGGCAAAGGUCAGAAGUCAACUGAAGGUCAACCAAGGUCAAUCACCUUUCUGGAGGACAAGGUCAAGAGGUUGGAGAAGGAAUUGGAAGGGAAAGAGGAGGACAACAAGAGAGGUCUUCGAGUUGUUGAGCAAAAGUACAAUGCCAUGAAGGUGAGAUAUGAAGACAGGAUCAACUCUUUAGAGUCACAAGUAGAGCAAAUUGAGACUGGUAGGCAAUCCCAGACCCGUCCCCACACCAGUGUGACAGCACUGCAGAAGGAGCUGGAUGGCAUCAGAGAAAGGAACAAGAGCCAGCUCCUGGAGCUGGAGAAGGAAAACAAGGAGCUGAAGAGAAGGUUGUCCAAGGCAGUGUCAUCAGGAAUGAGUGGAGGAGAUGGGAAUGGAAAAGAUGGACGAAUAGGAAGAGGAUUGGGAGAGAAGGAUCUCCAAGGAAAGCUCUCUCAGCUGGCUUUAGAGCUUGGCGCUAAAGACAAGGAGCUUGAGUUACUAAAAGCUACAGUCGACAGAUUGAUGGAAGAAAGAUUCCAUGCUAUGAAUGCAACAGAGAAUAGUAAAGGUAAAACUAAGAAGUUAAAGAGACAAGGAAGUAAAUCAGAGGUGGUGGAGGAAUCGACCAAGCCGUACAUUCCAGAAAACUUCACUGGGUCUCAUAUAUCAGAUGUUCUGAUGGAGAAUGAGAGACUUAAACAUCAGCUGGAUGAUGUAUCCUUAGAGAUGGAGCAGCAGAGGGUCCGCCUCCAUGCCGCGCUGGCCGAAGCGGAGGGCGCCACCAGACAGGCAAGGGAGAGAGCUACCGAAGAGAUGUCAUCGUUAAGAUCGCAUCAUCAGAUGGAGAUUGAGAGGAUGAAAGCCGAGAGAGCAAUGAUCGUGGGAGAUUCCAAGAUGGCGAGGUUGAAUAGUCAGGUGGAAACACAUCAGGUGAUGGUAAGAGAGCUACAAGACCAGCUGAGCGAGGCUCGUCUGGAGAUAGAUCGUCUCCAGGCCUCCAGGGUGAGGGAGCGUGUGAUGGAGACGCAGGUGGAUCAAUUGAGGAUGGAGCUACGAGAGGCCAAGGAGAACCACACACCUGAGAUGAAGCAUUUUGAAGCACUGCAAGCCAAGAUAGUAGCAUUGGAAAGCAGACAUAUCCAACGUGACAAAGACCUACAACUCUUGGUGGAGAGAGCUACUCACAGCGCUACUUCAGAGAAGGACCAGGAGAUCUUGACUCUCAAAGGGCUUGUUGCAUCCAAGAACAUGGAGAUUCAGAGGUUCCGAGUUGAGCUGGAGGCCAUCCUAGAGGUUCUUAGAGAGCUUCAAAGACAAGGUGUAGUUCUUCCGUUAGACAGCCAGUCAGUCCACUCUAUGUUAUGACACAUGUAGGGUAAUCCUUAGGUUUAGGGUAUAGCCAGAGUCUAUCUUAGAGGUUCUUAGAGAGCUUCAAAGGCAAGGUGUAGUUCUUCUGUUAGAACAGCCAGUCAGUCCACUCUAUGUUAUGACACAUGUAGGGUAAUCCUUAGGUUAAGGGUAUAGCUAGAGUCUGUUUUAGAGGUUCUUAGAGAGCUUCAAAGGCUAGGUGUAGUUCUUUUGUUAGACAGCCAGUCAGUCCACUCUAUGUUAUGACACAUGCUGGGUGAUCCAGAGGUUCAGUUUGGGUAUCCUAGAGGUUCUUACAGAGUUUCAAAGACAGGUGUAGUUCUUGCGUUAGACAGCUAGUUGGUCCACUCAGUGUUACGACACAUGUAGGGUAAUCUUGAGAUUCAGGUCAGGCACCACUAGAGAUUCUUAGAGAACUUCAAAGACAGGGUAUCAUGCUGUGAGACAGAAUCUUUAGUAAGUCCACUCUGUGUUAUGACACAUGUAGGGAUAUCUCCAGGUUUAGAGUAGGCACACCUCAAGAACUUCAAAGAUAUGAUGUAGUUCUUCCGUUAGACAGCCAGUCAGUCCACUCUAUGCUAUGGCAUAUAUAGGGCAAUCCAGUUUUUCAAGGAGGCCAUCCUAGAGGUUCUUAGAGAACUUAAAAGACAAAGUGUCAUUCUGCAGUUAGAUAUCCUGUCAGUCCACUUCAUGGUACAGUAUGACGCAUUAAGGGUAAUCUAGAGGUACAGGGAGGAGUUGUACAGUAGGCCAUUGGAGAGAUUCUUAAAAAGCUUUAAAGACAGGGAUUUGUUCUGCCAUUGGACAGCCAGUCAGUCCACUCUAUGACAUGACACAUGUAUGGCAAACUUGAAGUUUAGAGGGGCCAUGAGCAAAAUGAAUUUUCAGUAGCAUUAAUCAAUUUUGAAGGAUUUUUUAUGGGAAUAAAAAAAAAAUUAUUGGGAAGUUAGCACAAAAAAAGGUUAUAGAUCGCAGAUUUCUUACAUAGAGUUUUGUGAUACUCCAACCAGACCUGUUCAAGAAACUUUAUGCAAUCAGGCAAAAGUGUAGUUAAUUGUUACCUGGCAUGAAUACUAAAAUCUUGAAAUGCUUGUGCAGUGGGAUACAG